GGGCGGAAGUGACGUCGGGCCUCGGCGCCCGGGCCAUGGCGGCGGCGGUGGCGGCAGCAAGGGUUGCAGCGUGAGUGGCAGCUGCGGACCGAGCGGACCAGGGCGGCGGAGCCCCGGGGUCCCCGGGGAGAGUCCCGCAGCAGGGCAGCGCGGAGGCCGGAGCCGGACCGCUCUCCGCCGAGCUCGGCUUGGAGGGGGUCUGUGCCCCGUCACCAUGACGACGCCGGCGAAUGCACAGAAUGCCAGCAAAACGUGGGAACUGAGUCUCUAUGAGCUGCACCGGACCCCGCAGGAAGCCAUCAUGGAUGGUACAGAGAUUGCAGUUUCGCCUCGGUCACUGCAUUCGGAGCUCAUGUGUCCCAUCUGCCUGGACAUGUUGAAGAACACAAUGACCACCAAGGAGUGCCUGCACAGGUUCUGCUCGGACUGCAUCGUCACUGCCCUGCGGAGCGGGAACAAGGAGUGCCCUACCUGCCGGAAAAAACUGGUAUCCAAGCGGUCCCUACGGCCGGACCCCAACUUCGACGCCUUGAUCUCCAAAAUCUAUCCUAGCCGGGAGGAAUACGAGGCCCAUCAAGACCGCGUGCUCAUCCGCCUUAGCCGCCUGCACAACCAGCAGGCCCUGAGCUCCAGCAUCGAGGAGGGGCUUCGGAUGCAGGCCAUGCACAGGGCCCAGCGUGUGAGGCGGCCAAUGCCUGGAUCUGAUCAGACUGCCACAAUGAGUGGGGGGGAAGGAGAACCUGGGGAGGGAGAAGGGGAUGAAGAUGCCAGCUCUGACUCCGCCCCAGACUCUGCCCCAGGCCCUGCUCCCAAGCGACCCCGUGGAGGGGGUGCAGGGGGCAGCAGUGUAGGGACAGUGGGUGGUGCUGCUGUUGGGGUUUGCGGGGGCGCUGGUUCUGAAGACUCUGGUGACCGGGGCGGCACCCUGGGAGGGGGAACCCUAGGCCCCCCAAGCCCUCCUGGGGCUCCCAGUCCUCCAGAGCCAGGCGGAGAGAUCGAGCUUGUGUUCCGGCCCCAUCCCCUGCUGGUGGAGAAAGGAGAAUACUGCCAGACUAGGUACGUGAAGACUACUGGGAAUGCCACAGUGGACCACCUCUCCAAGUACCUGGCCCUGCGCAUAGCCCUGGAGAGGAGGCAGCAGCAGGAAACCAUAGAGCCCGGAGGGCCUGGUGGGGGUGCCUUGGACACAGGUGGACCUGACGGGGGUGGUGGGGAGAGAGGGGUUGCCGGAGGAGGCGAAGGUCCUGAGGAGCCUGCCCUGCCCAGCCUGGAAGGUGUCAGCGAAAAAGAGUACACCAUCUACAUAGCUCCUGGGGGCGGAGCAUUCACGACGCUGAAUGGCUCACUGACCUUGGAGCUUGUGAACGAGAAAUUCUGGAAGGUGUCCAGGCCCUUAGAACUCUGCUAUGCCCCCACGAAGGACCCAAAAUGACGUCACAAGGGGACAGCCGGAAGAUGGGGACCACGGGGUGUCUCUGUCCCACCUCAGCCUACCAGCUUCAUCUCCCAAAGCCCCUCAGCCAGACAGCAAGAGGACAAACAAGGACAAACGGCUUUUAUAGAAAGUAUCUAUAUUGAAUUAGCCUAUACUGUAUAGCACGGGACCUGUGCCCACUACUGCCUUUUCUAUGGACCCUCACUGCCCACCCUGACGGUGGCGGGGAGGGGGAACAAGGCUCCCUCCCUGCCCUCCUCCCAACAACAAAUUUGCUUAUUUCUUCUUUGAAA